CUUCGCACAUCUCACAUUGUACGCUGGCCGUGUUCGAAGUUUUGAAUUGAAACGAAUCGAGAAAAAAGGAAAAUAACGCAACCUCAAAGCCGUUGAAACGAAUCUUUUGUAAAUGAAUUUGCUCUUUUGAUUCGUUUAUGCUAUUAUCGGAUAUAAGAAGAAGUGAAUAAAAGUGGACGCACAUGAAUUUUGAUCGUCACAAAGUUAACGUGUUUAAAUUGAUACCAAAUAAAUAAGUUACUGUGUUAUUUGAUAUUGUGUUUGUGGGUGAUCGCGUGCAUCAUUAUUUAUUCAUGUAGCUUUUUAGUUCCUGUAUCAUCAACUGACCAACAUCGAACACAAAUGACGUUGUUAAUUUGAUUAAAUUCGAUGAUAAGAAGUAAUUCCAUUUGCUUUUCGAAACUUUGAGGGCAAAAUAAUCACUUGUGCGUGCAUUAAUUGCAACCAAAAAGAUAACAAUCAAAGCGAUUACUAUUAUUAAAACCAUAUUAUAUUCAUUUUGAAUCAAUGCCAUAAAUACUAUGUGUAGGGACAAUCAUCAAUACAUGUAAUAGCAUCGGAUUUAAUUAACAUUAAUUAUCCAAGUGGAACAUUCAAACAGAGCAAAGAGCAUAGUUUUGUUGAAAUUCAUAGGCAACGAACACACACAUUUACAGGGAAAACGUCGGGAUCAAAUUCGUACAACAUUUUGAAGAGUUCCGAAUUUGUGCACUUGUUUCGACCGCAAAUACACUUGCACUGUUGCCAUCAAUUCUGCAACCAAACAGACGAACCAACGAACGAAUGAAACGAAACUUGCCAACGAUACGAAACUAAAACAUUUGCAACAUGUUGUAUGAACACCGCGUACAAUUUAUGUGCGAGUAAUUUUGAUGGAUUCUCGUCUCUGAGGUUUAAUACGAGCGAUACAGAGAGCGCGCGACAUCAAAACCAGAGAGAAAGUUAGGAAAAUACAUAAAAAGCGAUGACGCCAAAUGAGACUGCAACUUUUAUUCCAUUUUUACAAAACGUCACCUGGUCGAACGAUAAUAAUGAAACGUUCUAUCGUGCAUCAUCCGUUUUGCCUCAACACCACCUUCAACAACAAUAUUUAUCCACAAACGGUGUUAGCAGCAGCAAUAGUAUACCGACAACCGCUGCAACAACAACAACAACCAUGAUUGCAACGACACCAAAUGUUACUACAAAUAAUGCAACGGCCAACUCAUUGGCGGAUUUGCUUUCGAGUGCAAACCUUCAAAUACCUUUAUACGCAACAAUUCUGUUAUUAGCAAUAGUUGGAAAUACACUGGUUAUUAUGACACUGGUGCAAAAUCGUCGAAUGAGAACCAUAACAAAUGUAUUUUUAUUAAAUUUAGCCGUUUCGGAUAUCCUCUUAGGCAUUUUUUGUAUGCCAUUCACACUCGUUGGCACACUUUUGCGGGACUUUGUAUUCGGCGAAUUGAUGUGCAAACUGUUGCCGUAUUUACAAGCUUCAUCGGUAUCCGUUUCAGCAUGGACACUGGUUGCAAUCAGUGUGGAGCGCUUUUAUGCCAUUUGUCAUCCACUAAAGAGCCGACGUUGGCAAACCCUAAGCCAUGCAUACAAGUUAAUAGUAUUAAUUUGGUGUGGCAGCUUAUUGUUUAUGUCACCGAUUGCAGUGCUUAGUCGUCUCAUUCCGACCAGUCAAGGUCAUCAUAAAUGCCGUGAAGAUUGGCCGGAAAAUUCAAGCAAUUAUGAGCGUGCAUACAAUCUAUUUCUCGAUGGAAUUUUAUUAGUAGUGCCCUUGAUUAUGCUGGCAGCAACAUAUUCGCUAAUCACACAAACACUGUGGCAGGGGAUGCGCACCGAAAAAGUAUUGAAAAAACAUCUUGCCUUUGAUUCAACACAAUCAUCUAAUAAUUUAGUUGAGGUGUACAUAAAUUCGCAAGGAACGCCAAGCACAAGAUGUCCAUCAAGUUGUCAUCAUCAAUCACGUGAGAAUAUCUCAUGGCAUCAAAUACGAGGAAAUUGUUCGCACGAAUCAUCCAUGGUGAUAACCUCAUCGGCAAAAAAGCACAGCCCAGGCCUACGAAGGACCAAUGCGGAAAAGAGCCUGCAAAAUAAAAAGCGUGUCAUUCAAAUGUUGUUCGUUGUUGUGUUGGAGUUUUUCAUUUGCUGGACACCACUUUACAUCAUCAAUACGAUAGCGUUAUUCAAUCCCCAGAUUGUCUACCAAACACUUGGCUACACAACAAUCACAUAUUUUCAAUUGCUUGCGUAUUCAAGCAGCUGCUGCAAUCCCAUCACGUACUGUUUCAUGAAUAGAGGCUUUCGAAAAGCAUUUUUGAAUUUAUUCCGAUGUUUUAAACGUUUCCACGAACCGAGACGAAUGAGUAUCGGCGGUGUUGGUGCACCAAGUGCAACUGUGAUCGUCGGCAAUGGUGCCACACAAUACAGCGAAUCCGAAGUACAAAGAUUCCAAACACAAAGAGCAAGACCAGAUUGUGGCACAGAAUUGAAUGUCUUGAAUUACAUGCAUUCAGUUAAGCAAUCAACAACACCGACCAGCUUUAGUAAAUCAAUUAACAAUGAUUCGUAGCUAUAAUAUAAAUUAACAUUUUAAAAUUGUUGAAAAAUUAAUCAAAUAAAACGCUAUCUUCGACGAUACAACAUUUUUCUUCUUUCGUUUUUGACGAACGCGAUUUUCUUUUUAUUUUCCAUGAUAAACAACAUUUAUAUUGAUGUGAUGUGAAGUACUAAUAAGGUAGCGUUUCAUCGAAACGAUACAGGUAACAGCUUAACUGUCAACCAAUUUCAAAUGUUUUUAAUAACUA